GAGCACCUUGAGUGAUGCCCAAGAAGUUCCAAGGUGAAAAUACCAAGUCGGCUGCUGCCCGCGCGAGGAAAGCUGAGGCAAAGGCAGCAGCCGAUGCCAAACGUCAGCAGGAGCUGGAAGAUGCCUACUGGAAGGAUGAAGACAAACACGUGAUGAGGAAGGAGCAAAGGAAGGAGGAGAGGGAGAAGCGGCGGCUGGAACAGCUGGAGCGCAAGAAGGAGCUCCAGCGCCUGCUGGAGGAGGAGGAUUCGAAGCUGAAAGGGAAGUCGCCCAAGCAGGUCACUCCGGGCAAAGUCACCAGGGCCCAGAUCGAGGAGACGAUCAGGAAAGACCAGCAGCAGAAGGAGAAUGCAGAUACAGUGGAGAAGGAGAAGACUCACUUGGAGGUCCCUUUGGGAAACAGGAGGUUGCUGGAGGAAGGAUCGGUGGAGGCCAGGACGAUCGAAGAUGCCAUCGCUGUCCUCAGGUACGUGGCCGUGCUGUCGCGGGGCUCUCCCUUCGAAGGCGUCGCUUCCCUUAACUUCUCGCGGCCGCUCCCUCCCCCCGACCUGGCUUCUCUUCCCGCUUUGCCUGCUGUCCUGCCGGCGAGAACAGGACACGUCCCCCGCCCCGAUGUUCUGUGGAGAGCGUCUGAA